ACAUAUAUAAUAAUACUCAUUCAAUCCAAAAGCACAUUCAAAGAAACAUGGCACCCAUCACAUUUUUCUCUCUCUUUCUCCUCCUCACCGCCUCCUCCCUUCAUGUCGCCUCUCAAACAUCUCCUGUCGCUGAUGCUCCGGCACCGGCAUCCGAUGACUGCAACGGUAUAUUCUUGCAGUAUGUCUUCACAUCCGGAUCCAAAAUCAAACCCACUUUGAAAUCCAAUCCAUCUCUUCAACCCUACAAGUUUCAGUCUAUUCUCAGCAUAAUUAACAACGGGCUUGACGAACUCAAGUUAUGGAGGGUCUUUGUUGGGUUUCAACAUGAUGAGCUUUUGGUUUCUGCUUCUAAUGCUGUUCUUGCUGAUGGGUCUUCAUUUCCUGCUUCAGUUGGUAAUGGUACUGUCUUUGCUGGAUUUCCGGCCUCAGAUCUUAAGACUGCUGUUCAAACUGCUGGAGAUACUUCACAGACGAGUGCGCAAAUCAAAAUUUUGGGUACCCAGUUUGGAGUUGGCUCUCCUAAUGUACCAAUGCCCUUGAAUAUCUCUUUGGAAAAUGAUGGCUUUAGUUGCCCUAAACCUUCUAUGCAAGGAAAGAGUGUUAUGCAAGUAUGCUGCACUAAAAACUCAGAUUUCAAGACAAAUCUGACAGUGGGUGAGAAAUUUAGUCCACGCCAAGAUGGGGAUCUUACAAUUAUGUAUGAUAUCCUAAGAACAUAUGAUUCAAAUUACUGGGCACAGGUUACCAUAGCAAACCAUAAUCCCCUUGGCCGCCUUGACAACUGGAAGCUAAGUUGGGACUGGAUGAAGGAUGAGUUUAUUUGGGAAAUGAAAGGCGCUUAUCCCUCUGUUGUUGAUACUUCUGAGUGUGUUUUUGGGCCACAAGGGAAAUUUUAUCAAAACCUUGACUUCUCUACUGGAUUGAACUGUGAGAGAAGGCCAACACUAAUUGAUCUGCCUCUGGAAAAGACCAAUGACACAAAGUUGGGAAUGAUACCUUUUUGUUGCCGGAAUGGGACGAUCUUGCCACCUGCUAUGGACCCAAGCAAGUCUGUUUCAGCAUUCCAGAUGAAUGUCUUUAAAAUGCCUCCAGAUCUCAAUCGCUCCUCGUUCACGCCUCCACAGAAUUGGAAGAUCGAAGGCAGACUGAAUCCAGAUUAUAAAUGUGGACCACCAGUACGUGUAAGCCCCACCCAAGUCCCUGAUCCUAGCGGAUUGUUACCUGAUACAGCAGUAUUUGCUAGCUGGCAAGUUGUAUGCAACAUCACUCAACCAAAAGGAGCUAGCCCCAGAUGCUGUGUAUCUUUCUCUGCUUUCUACAAUGAAUCUAUCAUUCCUUGUCCAACAUGUGCCUGUGGUUGCCCUUCUAAUACCGCUCGUACAUGUAGUACGAAAGCUCCCGCUCUUCUCCUACCAUCUCAGGCUCUUCUGGUUCCAUUUGACAAUAGAACCAAGAUGUCCCUUGCCUGGGCUGAUAUUAAUCAUCUUCCAGUUUCAAACCCAUUGCCAUGUGGAGAUAACUGUGGUGUAAGCAUCAACUGGCAUUUGUUCACAGACUAUAGGGGAGGAUGGUCUGCCAGGAUCACCAUCUUCAACUGGGAGGAUGCUUCUUUUGCUGAUUGGUUCACUGCAGUGGAAUUGGACAAAGCAGCGCCUGGUUUUGAUGCAGUGUAUUCAUUCAACGGAACUAUGUUAGACGGGGUUAAUAAUACCAUAUUCAUGCAGGGCCUUCCGGGCUUGAACUAUAUAGUAGCAGAAACAGAUGGAGCUAAUCCAGAGAAAGAUCCCCGAGUACCUGGGAAACAACAAUCAGUAAUCUCAUUCACAAAGAAGAAUAUCCCUGGCAUCAACAUUCCUGCUGGUGAUGGGUUCCCAACAAAAUUUUACUUCAAUGGAGAAGAGUGCUCAUUACCAAAGGUACUCCCAACAAGCAGUUCAUGUAGAAUAUCUUCAUUCACUGUCACUACUUCCAUACUAGCAGUUUUGGUUUUCAUGUUGGUGCGACAAUAGCAGUGGGAUGCAGCGUUUUCUCUUCAUUUCAUACCUGCCAAUUGAUUCAUUCUUUAGAUUUUGCAACCAGGUUUUAAUGCUGGUUGACCAAUCUUUCAAUCAGUUUGUCAGAUUAUGUCAAUGUGUAUUCAGGGGCAAGUUUUGAUUUGUAACUAUUGCUUACUCUGGAAUUCCUUUUCCAGACAAUAUUUUACUUUAACGUUAAUACCUGUAUAAUUAGCACAUAAGAAAACCUCAGUUUGUUCA